CCGUGAAGGCAGCUUGUUGGCAGGACGGAACCACUGCAGUAACCGGGCCGGAGACGGGAAUCUCAGCAGAACCGGGACAUUUCUCCGCAGGGUUGCGUUACCCUGAGCUGAGCCGGAGGACGGACGAUGGCGGCGUCGGCGUACAAAGACGACCAGGGCGACUUUCUGACCGUCGGCCUCAAAUACCUGCUCUUUAUUUUCAACUUCCUCUUUUGGGUGGGCGGAGCGGCCGUCCUGGGCGUGGGCGUGUGGACUCUGGUGGAGAAGGGCGACUACCUGAGCCUGCUGUCGUCCAGCACCUUCGCCGUGGCCACCUACAUCCUGAUCGUGGCCGGGAGUCUGGUGGUGGUGACGGGAUUCCUGGGCUGCUGCGCCGUCAUCCGGGAGCAGAGGAGCUGCCUGUCGGCCUAUUUCAUUUUGCUGCUGUUUAUCUUCCUGAUUGAGCUGGUGGCCGGAGUUCUGGCGUACGUUUACUACCAGCAGCUGGGCGACGAGCUGAAGCAGAAUCUCAACCACACGAUGACGGAGAACUACGCCCAGCCGCGGAGCGACGCCGUCACGUCGGCCGUGGACAGACUCCAGCAGGAAUUCAAGUGCUGCGGCAGCAACAGCUACCAGGACUGGACGGUGAGCGUGUUCGUGUCGUCGGGCCAGGCCGAGGACAGACUGGUACCAGACAGCUGCUGCAAGACCAUCACCCCCCACUGUGGCCGCAGGGACCACCCGUCCAACAUCUACAAGGUGGAGGGCGGCUGCGUCACCAAGCUGGUGAAGUUCCUAGCCGACCAUCUAUUGAUCAUCGGCGCCGUGGGGAUUGGAGUGGCCUGUCUGCAGAUCUGUGGGAUUGUUCUCACCUGCUGCUUGUACAGAAGGAUCAACAUGGACCCGUACUGAGCACCGACCCCCCCACCAGAAACAACCAGGACCACCAGGA